AUGAUGCGCUCCAAGAUGGAGGAGCGCAUACGGUAAGGCCUGAAACUGGUAGAACAUAGUCGAAAAAGGAAAGUCUAUUGUCAUGGAAAUGAUUAUCAGACUCUAUUCUUUCUAUUUGAGUUGUUUAUCGAGAAAAAAGUUUUGAUAUCGAUGAUGAUUUUGAUGGUUACUGUAGAUGUCAUGGAUAAUAUAAAAAAGCUUGAAGUGGCUCUGAAAUUUGGAUUAAAACACUUUGCAAAGUUAGGAAUAGAUGGUUUAUUAUUAAUUAGGUCCGAAUUUGGUCUGCAUGCACUUUCAUUUCCGAUAAAUUAUUGUUUGUUCAGCUUGAUCUACGGAUAAGAUAAGACAGUUACUUCCGAUAUGGAGAGAACUUUGAAUCUUUAAAUAAUAGUCUGUAAUGGUUGCAAAUACUAUAUUUUGCAAAAUUUAUUAACCCAAAUAACGUAAUACACUUGAAAUUGGCAAAAAAUUUUACAUUAGACGCCAUGGACAAGGUAAAUAAUGUAAAACUCGAUAAAAAUUGCAAAAUUCAUAGAGUUAUUGUUUAUUUUCAGCUUGAUGGACCAAAAAGACAGCGAGGCACGCUCGCGCAACCAGCGUGCCAUCGACGGACCUGCCGCAAUUCGACUCAAACUUCACCAUCGAGUUGAAGAAGGGAUAAGUGUGGUAAGCCUUCAAAAACUUUUUUGUUCCAUGUUUAGAAUGCCCAUUCCAUCCCCGGAUUGCAAGAUGACGAUAUUUUGGAGGUGAAAUCGACCAAUUCACCGCAUUAUGUUUAUGUUCAAUUCAAGAAAGAGACGAAUAAAGCCACGACCAGAGAUGCCAUUCAGAUUUGUGAUAAAGUUUUUGACACUAGGAAGGAUUUCUUCCCAUCGAGGAGUUUUGUGUUGGUCAGAAGAGUGGAUAAGGAGAAGGUGAGAUUUUAAAGUUUUUUUUGAAAUUUUAGGUGUUGAUUAUAUUACACUUGAUGAGAUGGAUGUUUUUGGGAAAAUUAGGGGGGUGUCAAGGUUUGUAUAGAGAGAAGAUGGCAUGUAGACGGUUUGAUGUGAUUUUCGCCUAGAUUUUCUUCAGUUAUGUUGAUGUAGGUCGAAAAAACCGAAUUUUAGGUAACAAAUUAAGAAUUUUUGAAAAAUGUUGUGUGAAAUUGGAGUUUAAGACUAUAAGUGAUAUAUUUACAAGGUUGAUUUGAAAACAAACGUAUUUCAAAGUGGUUUCUGAGUUUUUUAUGGUUAUAUUUAAAGUACAGGGUCUUUCAAGAAACGUGAAGGAAAGUAGGAGGCUAUAACUUUCGGCGGAGGCGGCGCAGAGAGCUCGUUUUUGGAAUAUGUAUUUUUAAGCAACAUUAUUUUUUGCCUAUGAAAUAACAAGUUUUUAGAGUGCAAACUGAGGUCGCUACGACCUUCUGAAGUAGAGGCAUCUCUACCCCGAAAACCAGGUUUUUUCGGUUGAAAAUGAUCGAGAAAUUUCGGACUUUUUCGGUUGAAAAUCACCAAGAAAUGUCGGAUUUUUUCGGGGGUUUCGAUAGAGUUGACGUUGAAAAAAGGGAAGGAUGUUGCCAACACGUUGGAAAUUAAGCAAAUAUUCGGCUAGCCUCAACUUGGGGCAGAUUUCGAGUUUAUUUUUCAGUAUCUUCCGCGAAGAAGCGUGACAUCAUUUAGGGAUUUGAGGAACCUGGAAUCGGCUAGCCAAGGCACCAGAAUGGCUGUGAAGUCCUAUAAAAACUAGUCAAAGGGUGUAAUGGGCGUCAAAGGGCAGGAAUGACAACCAAAUUUUAGCUAGCAAAAACUGGCUAGCCAAAGUGUCAGAAUAAAGAGUAGCCGAAUAUUUGCUUAAUUUCCAACGUGUUGGCAACAUCCUUCCCUUUUUUUCAACGUCAACUCUAUCGAAACCCCCGAAAAAAUCCGAAAUUUCUUGGUGAUUUUCAACCGAAAAAGACCGAAAUUUCACGAUCAUUUUCAACCGAAAAAACCUGGUUUUUGGGGUAGAGAUGCCUCUACUUCAGAAGGUCGUAGCGACCUCAGUUUGCACUCUAAAAGCUUGUUAUUUCGUAGGCAAAAAAUAAUGUUGCUUAAAAAUACAUAUUCCAAAAACGAGCUCUCUGCGCCGCCUCCGCCGAAAGUUAUAGCCUCCUACUUUCCUUCACGUUUCUUGAAAGACCCUGUAGAUAUCUAACUUUUUCACUUUUUUGCCUAGAAUAAUAUAAAUUCCCCCAUUUUUUUGAUAAAUUUCUCCAAAAUAAGAUCACUUUAAUCCUAGAAUCCGUCUUUCAGAUCGCCCUCGACUCCGUGGAGCUCACCUUCAAGGAAUAUUACAUCUCCCGAGCGGACAUGUUCCACUUCCGCAGCUGUCUGAUCGACUCUUGUGUUUAUGUUGGGAAGUUCGAAAACUGGCUCGGCGUCCAUUGCACUGUAUCCGAUAUAUGGUCCGCCGGAGAGCCGGCUUGGUCGGGAUAUGUGUCGGAAGAGACGAGAAUCGUCUUCCGAUCUUCUUCAUCCCAAGUCCUGAUUUAUUUGCAAUUGAGCAGCGAAAUGUGGGAUAUUGAUCCUCAAGGGGAUUUGUAUUUCGAGAAAUGCUAUAAAGGCUUCCUACCCGAGCUAUUCAAACGGUGGAGUCUGCAGUCGUGCGCUCAUCAUGUCUCGAUUAUCGUUUUUUCGAGGUGGUAUUACAAUUCGGCGGUGUUGAAUGAAGAGCAGUUGGAAAAAAUCAAGGCGAAUAAGGACCAUAGAGAUAGAUAUUAUCAAGUAGGGAUUUUUUCGACUUUUUUGCAGGAAUUCAGUUGGGGAAAAAGGCGAUUGGGAAAUUUUUUUAAAAUAUUUCUGUUUUUUGGAGGGAUUGAGGAAGGAUAAGGUAAAAAAGUGUAAAUUUUUUGAAGAGUUUGGUGAUUUUUUUGAUUGAUAGUGAAAGAAUAGAGCGUGCAGAGGAUUUUCUAAUCAAAUGGAAUGGGAAAUCGUCUUUUUUGACACCUGAAUUUAAAGUUUUCCCAAGGAAGGGAAGGAAAAUUUUUUAUAUUUUCAAAUUUUUGAAAUUAUUUUUGGUUUUUUGAGGUGAGAAAUGAAAGGCUGACGCCCUCGGUUUGUCCAUUAGAUGAUAGUUUUAUAUUUUUGAUUUUUGAUACAGCAAAAAAUAGCGAUUUUUGAGAAUUUUUUGAUUUUGCACUGUGCGAAAGAAAAUUUUUUGCAUUAUUGCACUGUGCGGUUGAAAUUUUGGAUCGAAGUAAAAAUAAUAUGAUUUAGAAUGAUCUAAGACGUAGAAUAGGUAUCAUAAAGGUUGUCAUAUUUCUGCACAGUGCGAAAAUUUUGAAAUUUUUUGGGAUUGCACUGUUCAAAAAAGGGACGAUUGGGGAAACUGAAAAGUAUUAUUUUUCUUCGAUGUAAGCGUCGAAAUUAGGAUAGUCGAUGGCGCUGAUUAUGAAAAUGAUAUUCGUUUUUUUGAUUGUUACUAUUUUUUUUAAGUAGUACUAUAAAGUAGUAAUUUUUUGAUUUUUUUCACAAAUACUCGAUUUAGCGGUUUUCAAUGGUGCUGAUUUCGAAAAUUGCAUCCAUUUCUUCUGAUUAUUACUUUUUUUCUCUGUAAGAAUCAGAAAAAAUGAGUAAAAUUUUCGAAAUCAGCACCAUCGAAAACCCCUAAAUCGAGUAUUUGUGAGAAAAGUUCAAAAAAUUACUACUUUACAGUACUACUUAAGCAAAAUAGUAACGAUCAAAAAAAAAUGAAUGUCAUUUUCAAAAUCAACACCAUCGAUUAUCCUAAUUUCGACAGUUACAGCGAAGAAAAAUGAUACUUUUCAAUUUCCUCAAUUUUCUGUUUCCCGAAGCUUCGCUUAUAAAAAUGACAUUUUUUUAAUGCGAAAGUACAGCGGGGGACCUGAUCUAGUGGCAAAAAACGUACGUUUUUGAAUUCGGGAGAUAUCAGAAAUGUGGCAAAAUGCUUCCCUCUCCAACUAAAAAGACUCCGCUCACAAAAAGAGCUUUUGAAAUCGGAGUUUUUUUACUUGGAGAGGGAGGCAUUUUGCCACAUUUUUGAUACUUCCCGGAUGCGAAAUGGUAAGUUUUUUGCCACUGGAUCAGGCCCUUCACUGUGAAGGACUCCCUUCGCUGUUUAUUAGAGGAAAAUUCAGUUUCUUCCUUUUCCCCCUAUAGUCGCUCCCCGUUUUUGGAACGGUCAUAAUUUUGAAAAAAAAAAUGUUUUUUAAAUUUUCAGGAUUUUUACCGUCUCCUAGUCCAAAAUGAACACUACACAGACUGGACGCAUGUCCUCGCCAACCUCCGCAAAUGCUUUACGAACUACCAAAACACCAUAAAAGAGUAUCAUCGACAAUUAUUACCCGAGCUGGCCGACCGAGCCGACUUUUGCGAACUCUCAACGGCAAGGGAUGGAAACUUCCUGGAAGUGCUGAACAUGUCGAUGAAUAGCUUCUUUGUUUAUCACUCGGAUCGACGGUUUGAAACCACCGGACAGCAGGUAAGGAUUUUGAAUUUUUUUUCGGAAAUUUAGGUAUGAAUGUCCAGUGUAAUAUAAUGAUGAAUGAAAUUUGUCGGAAAAUCGGCUGAAAUUUUCUUGGAAGAGGGGUUAUGGGCUGAUAAGUGAUUUCUGGAAUUUUGGUUUUUAGAUUUUGAAGUAUCACGGGGAUUUUGAGAUUUUUUGGGGAAAAAUCAAGUUUUUUAAUGAAAAUUGCCGGAAAACUUAUGUUUUUGGAUUUUUAAUAGCUGUUUUUUGAUGUGAAAUAAAUUUUAGAGACUUGUCAUCCUUUUUGCGGCGUUAGAAUACUAUAUAAUUCAGUUAUAUCAUGUGUAAUAUCAAAAAUUAUAUUAUACUUGGUCAUUUGCCCUGAUUUUUAAUGAAAAUACCCUACUAUGACCUCAAUUUCAGAUCCUAUUUGUCACCCCAGGUGGCGGUGUCUUCAACGUCGACCGAGAGAUGGUGAAUCUGACCAAACAAAGAAUCAUUGACAUGGGAAUUUCACUGGAUAUUGUCUGUCUGGGUGAACAACCCUUGCAUGCCGUGCCUCUUUUCGUUUUCAAGUCCAAGUUGAACCCGCUGGUAGAAGACUAUUUUAUCCCGCAUUGGAUGAACUACUCGUAUUUUCGAAUGCCCCAUAAGACAAGCAUCAUGGUCAAGUUCAAAACGAGGAUCAAUUUUCCCAUAGCACUUUUGAGUGUAUGUUUUUAUAGUGGCGGAGACUUUUUUAUCCUUUUUUGGUGCUUUUGCAAUUUUUGAAAGCUAAAAUUUCAAAUUUCGCGCUAAAAUACGAGGUGUACGUCUGUGGUGUAGUGGUAGUAAUUUUGGCUAAUAGUUGAAAGGUCGCGAGUUCGAAUCCCACUGCCGGAAAAGAUAAAGUUGGAAAAUUUUUUGAUUUCUGCGAAUGGAAGUACGAUUUUUAGAUCGCAUUUGAUCUAAAUCAUCUUGUUUUUUUAUACUAAACACCUUGAUUUAGCCACUUGAAUCCAUUUUUUUUGAUAUUUUUCAAAAAAUUCCAUUUCAGAACCGUCCCAGUGGCCUUUCCAUGACCCUGGAUGUCACAAUCCCCGAAUCAGAAUGCGAAUUAUAUGAUAUGUAUGCGAUGAGACAUUUUUCGAUGGACGAAAAUGCGUCAAAUUCAAAAUUGUCGGAGUUUUGCAAACAAUUGGGCGUCCAAUUGCCAAAAGAGUCCCCAGCGAUCGUUGUAAGUCCCGAAAAAAGGUCUGAAGAUUUAGUUAAGGACGCGAAUGGAGUCCCAUCACCGCCCGAUCAUGUCGCAGAGUACGUGAAAUCGCUGGAGCCGGCGGCAAAUAGUGGGUUUUUGAUGAAUUUUUUGGAAAUUUUAGGUAUAAGAAGAAGCGGAAAUUGAUUGAAAUUUUGGCGGUAGAUGUGUGAUGAUGUGGUUAGGAACGUCCGAAAUUUUUGUUAGGAUAUUUUGAGAAUGGCCUGAGAAAUUGAGAUUUUUUGGGGAAAAAUGGGGAUUUUUUGUGAAAAAGGGGAAAAUUCAAGAUUUUUGUUGUUUUAACUGCCCGAAAAUCAGUUUUUGUGGGGUUUAGCGGAAUAAAUUUUAUUUUUCAACCGAUUAAAAUUAAAAUUUAUCAAUGAAUUUGCCAAAAAAAUUUUACUUUUUUCUCUUUUUUUUCGGUCGAAAACCCCUCAGUUCGGAAUCCAGAGCCUUGAUUAACCCCUUCCGACCAGAAGAAUUUAUCGUCCGGAUCACCGCGAAUAGAAGACGAUGGAUCCAUGUUUUCCCGGUGGACAGGCUGGGAAGAGCCAAGCUGGCUCAUCAUUAUGUGGUCGGCAAAUCAACUGUUCAUGUGCUGCAGACGGUGGAACCGGUGAGAAUUUUUUUUGAAAUUUUUGGCGAUAUUUGAGAUUUUUUAAAAUUUUUAUUUGUUUGGCCGAUAAAAAUUUUUUUUGUUAUUUUUAUGACUAUUUUUUGAAUUUUUUAAUUUUUUGGUGAUUUUUGGGGGUUUUUUAAAUCAAAAAAAUAAAAAAAUUGGAUUAUUAUUUUUUGGUCGAUAAAAAAUUUUUUAUUAUUUUUUGAUUUUUUUUCUUGAUUUUUUGAGAUUUUUGCAGUUUUGAGGUUUUUAAAUCAAAAAAAAAAAAAUUUUUUUUGCAUUGUAGUUUUUUGGUCGAUCAAAAAUUUUUGGUAACUUUUUAUGACUAUUUUUUUGAUUUUUCGAGAUUUUGCCGAUUUUUGAGGCUUAUAAAUUCCAAAAAAAAAAAAAAAAAUAAAUAAAAUAAAAAAUUUUUGCAUUAUAAUUUUUUGAUCGAUAAAAAAUUUUAGAAAAAAUCUCUAAAUUUCCAAAUUUUUCACUUUUUCCAAAAAUUAUUUUUCUCAUUUUAGGAGCCCUCCGCCCAGCAAACCCAAUCCACAGCGAUCGUCAACAACUCCCCCGCCAGAAGACCCCCCUCUCCACAAGGCCAACCCCAGGAAGGCGGUUAUAAUGAGAAUAAAGUGACUGGUCUAGGAGCAAAAGGAAAAACGACGGUCUGGGCUUGGGGAUCCACCGGAGAGGAGAAAUGGAACCCGGAUAUGGAGAUUGGAAUGGACUGGAAGAGUUUGGUGAGGUCGGGGUUGCUGCCCAUUACGACGGAUUUUUUCCCGGAUGCUAGGUCAUUGAAUGACUAUCAUUUGACGGUAAGUUGGUGAGCUUGGAUUUUUUUGUCGAAAAACUCAAAUUAAAAAAAUGUAAUUUUUUAAAAAAUCAAUUUUUUUUUUAUUUUUUUUUAGUUUUUUUUUUAUUUUUGAAAAUUUUUUGCCAAAAAAAUUCAAUUUUAAAAAAUUUUUUUGGGACUUUUUUUAAAAAUUCGAUUUUUUUUUUAUUUUUUUUUUUAAUUUUUUUUUAUUUUUUAAUAAUUUUUGCCGAAAAAAUUCGAUUUUUUAAAUUUUUUUGGGACUUUUUUUUAAAAUUCGAUUUUUUUUAUUUUUUUUUUGAUUUUUUAAAAACUUUUGCCGAAAAAAUUCAAUUUUUUUUUUAUUUUUUGGAUUUUUUUCAAAAAUUCGAAAUUUUUUUUAUUUUUUUUCACAAAAAUUAAUUUUUAGGAGCAUCCAGUACUAAUUGACUACGAAGAUUUGCGAAAAUGGGUACCUCCCGAAGUGGGCAGACCAGUAACAGAAGCCCAUCUCGAAAAUUUACUUUUUGAACAAUUGAUCAGGCAAAGGCUACAAAGAGGCUAUCAAAUUGUGUUGUUACCGAAAGAAAUGAUCCAUACUGCCAUUCAGUAAGUUUUGAGUGAAAAAAUUUUUUUCGAAAAAAUCGGGGAAUUUUUUGAAAAUUUUCAAAAAAAAGAAUUGCGAAAAGAAAUUUUUGGGAUAAAAAUUUUUUAUAAUUUUGAAAAAGAAUUAUUAAUUUUUUUUUUAUUUUUUGAUUAUUUUUUUAAGGGUCUAUGUUUUUCGCAUAGAAAUAAAAAUGCUUUUUCUUAGAAAAGAAAAAAACAUUUUUUCUAUGAAAAAAAUCAUUUUUUCUAAAAAUAAGUUUUCUAAGAAAAAGCAUUUUUAUUUCUAUGCAAAAAACAUUUUCCCUUUUUUUAAUUCGUAAUUUUUUUUGAAAAUUUCCAAAAAAAAUUACGAAAAAAAAUUUUGGGAUAAAAAUUUUUUAUAAUUUUGAAAAAGAAUAAUUAAUUUUUUUUUGAUUAUUUUUUUAAUUCGUAAUUUUUUUUGAUUUUAAAAUUUGUUUUUGAAAAAUUCAAAUUUUUCUUGAUUUUCGAAAAAAUCGGGAAAUUUUCUGAAAAUUUUCAAAAAAAGAAUUACAAAAAAAAUUUUGGGAUAAAAAUUUUUUAUGAUUUUGAAAAAGAAUAAUAAAUUUUUUUUUUUAUUUUUUGAUUAUUUUUUAAAUUCGUAAUUUUUUUGAUUUAAAAAGUUUAGUUCUGUUUUUUUAAAAAUUUUUUUUUUUCAUUUUUUAACUUUUUUAAUUAAAAAUUUCCAGAAAAGUCCUCCCAGAACGCCCCCAUCAGACCGUCCUCCGAGAAUGCUCCCUGAGUUUCAACCAAAUUUACCAUCGAAUUUCCCUCAUCGCAGAUGAUCCCCAUUAUUUUCUCAUCCAACAAUUUGUCCCCAAAUCCACCAUGGCUGAUGAAGUAUCGCAAAAAUUGGGCCGAGUCUCCCGCUACAAUUAUUAUUUCCAAGUGCCGGAUGAUGUGAAUUACACGGCCAGUCAAACUGCAUUCAAACAUCACAACUUGGACAAGCUAAAUUGGAGUUAUUUGGACGCAGAGUUGCAAGGAAGAACCAACGCCGGAUUGUAUAGAGAUGACAUGAAAUGCUUCUCGUCUAGGUAGGGGAAUUUGAAAAAAAAAAUUGAAAAAUUUGAUUUUUUUUUUGUUUUUUUUUUUUGAAUAUCCACAUUUUUUUUAAAAUAAAAAAAUUUUGCGGGAAACAUUCUAAAAUACGAUUUUUUUUUCAAAUUUAAGAAAUUUUUUGUUUGAAAAAAAUUUUUUUUUGAAAAAAUAAUUUUUUUUUUUGAAAAUUUCGAUUUUUCUUCGAUUUUUUUGACUAAAAAUUUUUUAAAGAUUAAAAAAUUUUGCAGGAAACAUUCUAAAAUACGAUUUUUUUCAAAAUUAAACAAAAAUUUUUUGUAGUUCCACAAAUUUUUGUUGGAAUAUAAAAAAUUUGGGUUUUUUCUGGUCUUCUGAUCUUUUGAAACCAUCAAUUUUUCUUCUGCGACGCUCCGGAAGCGAUGAAAAAGCCGGAUUUUAAUGUUUGACUAUUGAAUUUUUGGGCGAAUUCUUGAGAUUCGACUAGACAUGGCUAGUGGGCCGGGCCGAACGAGUUUGAAAGGCCCCGGGGCCGGGCCGACCUCUUCCGGCCCCCGGGCCGGGCCGACCGGGGGCCCCCGCCAGGCCCCCAAUCAGCCCCCAAUGACUAAAAGCCCCAGUCUCAAAGCGAAAAUUAGGGUUGCCAACAAAAAUAGAAAGGCAGAGCCAAGAACCGAUUGGGUUUUUUGUACUAUAGGCAAUGGUUGGUAAUUUUUUUUCAAAAAUUUAUUGUCGAUUGUUAUAACAAAAAAAUGGGGGCUCAGGUAGUACAACCCCCCCAGUCCAGUUCAGCCCCCCUGGACCCAGCAUAAACCCCUUCAUCCAAUCUGAAGCUCCUACUCUGGAUCAGGUUCUCUCAGCUACGGUCAGCGUUGCCUGAACUACGAGAACGAAUUUGGACGGUAACUGGGGGUUUGAGCCAAAACGCCGGGGGUCGUUUUACCCUAAUUCGCAAAUUUUGUAUUAUUCUAAAUUUUUCAUUAUGGGGGUGUAAAAUGGACAAAACAGUGGGGUUUGAACUAUCUUUCCUGGGGGGCUGAACUACCAAAGCCCCAAAAAAUGUGUUAUAUCUCGUAAUGAAUGUAUUGUUCAUAUUUACAGUUCGGCCACCGGUCGGCCCCCGGCCCGGCCCGGCCCCCGGGGGGCCGGGCCGGGCCGAGAAAAUUUUAAGGGGGCCGGGGCCGGCCGACCUCUUCCGGCCCCCGGGCCGGGCCGCGAUUUUCGGCCCGGCCCGGCCCCCCAGCCAUGUCUAGAUUCGACGCCUUUUACGGUCUCUGUGAGCCAUUGGAGGAAGGUAAAAGAGAUAAAAAUGGGUGUUUGAGAGGAAUAGAGGACCUGAAAAAUUGAUUUUACAAGGAAAGUACUUUUAUGGGGGCUCCUACUUUUUGACGGGACAUAUUUCAAAAAAUCAGAAAAAAUGUGCUGAUCAAGGAUGUAUAAAUCUUAGCUGCCCAUUUUAGGUUUUUAGGGGUGAAAAUCCCCAAAAACUGGCUUAAUUUCCCUACAAAAGGCGCAGACAUUCGAAACAAUAAAAAGCGCAGUCGGUCUCUUCCUUCGGAAGAGAGCGGUGUGGCCGAGUGGCUAGCGCCGUAGUCUGGGAAUCAAGAGGGGGAACGCCGCACGGGUUCGAUUUCCCUUUUGGGCCGAAUCAACUUUUUUUGAAGUUGAAGGUCGGAAAAAUAAAUUUUUGUGCCAAGACUGAUUUAUUACGCCUUAGAAACUCAGUAAAAAUCAUUUUAAGCCAAAAUAAAAAUUGUAAACCUGUAAAAAAUUAAGCGAAAGGGGGUUCAUAUAGGACUUUAAAUCAACUUCCGACUGAGUUUUCACCCCUAAAAACCUAAAAUGGGCAGCUAAGAUUUAUAUAUCCUUGAUCCGCACAUUUUUUCUGAUUUUUUGAGAUAUGUCCCGUCAAAAAGUAGGAGCCCCCAUAAAAGUACUUUCCUUGUUAUAACAAAAUUAAAAAAAUUUUUUUUUUCAAAAAAUUUCGAAUUGAUUUUUUUUUUUCAAAAUUGAAAGAAAAUUAUUUUUAAUCUUUUUUUUGCAGCUGAAAAUUAUUUUUACACAAAAAAAUCCACCUAAAAAAAAUUCAAAAAAUUGCGAAAAAUUUUUUACCAAAAAAUUUUUUUUCAUCAAAUUUUUUUCCAGAUUCCUCGUUGUCCCCGAAUCCUCCAUUUUCUCGGAGCGAAUCGCAAUCGUCGGUCAUGCCGACAUUUACGAGCAAUUCGAUUCAAUCGAGCUGGAAAAGAAUUUUAUCCGCUUCCUCGAAGCCGUCAACCUCAUCCGAAGCCAGAUCCAAAAUCCCGCAUACAAAACCUCAUACACCCCAACACCCCAUCCAACCUCCAAGAGCUUCGAAUUCGGCCCCAGAGCAGAACCGCCGACCAAAAAAACCAGCACCGGCAGCAGCAAGUCCAUAUCCGCUAUGCCCGACACAGAAAUCACCCCUAAAAUGCCAUUGGAAGAGGAUAAUGUGAUGAGGGAAUGGAGAAAACGGUGCGACACGAGCCCAGUGCUGAGUAGUAUGGGAAGAAAAGGUGGGAAAUGGGAGUUUUGGGAGGUUUUAUAUUGAUUUAGGUGAUUUUGGGGCAAUUUUGAUGAUUUUUUGUAAAUUUUUUUGUUGUUUUAGGGGAAUUUUUUGUGUAAAAAUAAUUUUCUGGUCUUAAAAAAGGAUUUAAAAUAUUUUUUCUUUGCUUUUUGAAAAAAAAAUCGAAUUUGAAAUUUUAUCAAAAAAAUUUUUUUUUUGUUUUUGUUGAUUUUUUUGUGUAAAAAAUAAUUUUCUAAUCUUAAAAAAGUAUUUAAAAAAGAUUUUUUUUGAAUUUUGGAAAAAAAUUUGAAUUUGAAUUUUUUUGAAAAAAAAAAUUUUUUUGAAUUUUUGGUCUAAAAUCAAUUUUUCAGGCACUCCCUCCCUCCCAAACACCCUUUUUAUCUCCUUCGACUUUGUCCAAUGGCUCACAGAGACAGUGGAAGGCCUCGAAUCCCGAGAAAUUGCCCUAAAAUUCGCUCAAAAAAUGGUCAAAACCAAUAAAAUCCGCCUGGUCCACUGCUUCCACAACGACCGAGAAGAAAUCGACGCUCUGAAAGGAUCGGUGGACCAGAAUGAACCGAAAUUUAUGUUCGGAUUUUACUUUUAUUUGAUUGUCACCGAGACGAUUAAUCGCGAUCUCCGCGACGCCGAAAAUCAGACCCGAUUCUUCGUGGAGGUGUGCAAAAAUUGCACGGAAAAAGAGCCAUGCAAGUUCGUAUCGAAGAGCAUCCCGGUGGAAAUUGAUUCGCUUUUCUCGCAUCAGUCCCACUUGGCAACGUACAGCGUCCGGCAUCCGGAAAGCCAGUUUGUCGAUUUUGGAAGGGUAAGAUUACAUUGAUUUGGGGGAAAUGAUGUGAAUUUAUUAUUUUUUGGAAGGGGAAAAGUGUUUUUGUGGAUUUUUCGGUCUUGGGGGGUUCAGUCAGGCAUUCUGAUUUCGGUGUAAAUGAAGUGAAUUAAUUAUUUUUGAAAGUAAAGAACUCAUUGGGGGUUUUCUUGGGGGACAGGCAGAUUUUUGAGGGAAUUCGGAGGAGCUGAGGGAUUUUUUUUUUGAAAUUUGGUGACUAAGUUUACAUUGAUUUAGGUGAAAAUGAGGUGAAUUAAUGUUUUCUUGGAAGUAGAAAAGUGUUGUUAUGGCUGUUAUAGGCGUAUAGGCUAAUUUUUGAGGGAUUUGGGAAGGGCUGCUGAAAAAAAUUUUUGAAAUUGGGUAAGGGGGGACCAAGGGAAAUUUUUUUUUGAAGUUUUAUUUUCAAAUUGCUUUUGUUUGGUGCAGAACAAAUUUUAAAUUGGUUUUAAUAUAGGUUCUUGGUGUGUGAUAGGCUAGAAAAUUGAUGGUCGCAAAAAGUAGAGUAAGGGGAGACCAAAAAAAUUUUUUUUAUUUUUUCACCUUGGUCCCCCCUUAUCAAUUUUUUGAAAUUUUCAAAAAAUGUUUUUUUCAAAGUAAGUUUCAAAUUUAUUUUUUUGUCCCGAAAAAUGCACCCCAAGUUUUAAUCAAUAAAUUCCAGACCUUCUACGAGCGUUCCUUCACCCCUUACAAGGCCUACGAGAUCUGGGUGAAAUGGUUCAUGGCCAACUCCCAAAAAGUCUCGGAUUUGAUCCGAAAACAAUGGCUUCGGCACGCCCAACGCCUCCAAUUCCACAUUUUCCCCGUCCCGGAAGACGCCUUCGCCGAACCGACCAACUUUUUGUCCUCCCCGCUGAGAUGCCCGAUUUUUGUGGAGCUCCGAACAGACCUAAUCCCCGAGAAUAUUUUCCACGAGGUUAUCCGCGAAAUCUUGGUGGCAUUCGGGUUUACGCUGAUGAAUUGUCAAGUCCACAAAGAUCGGGAAAGAUUGAAGAACAUCCAUGGAAAUGAGAUAGAGCCGACCGUGCAGUAUGUACAUUUGAGUGGAGGAAUGUUUGUGAAAUUUGAUCCGCAGACGAGAAAGUUUAUGUGGGCGUGGAAUCACAUGCUCAGUCAUCGAUACAGAGCUUCGUAAGAUUUUUUUUUUUGAUGUUUUUUUUUUUUUUUUUUUUUAAAUUUGAUUUUUUUUACUUUGUUUCGGAGAAAAAUUGGCGGAAAAUUGGGUUUGUAUUUUCUGGGAGACAUUUCGGUGAUCUUACACCGACUUUUUUUGGAAAAUUUCCAAAAUAUUUGAAUUUUUUUUUUUUUUUUUUUUGAAAAGUUGGAAUUUUUGGUUUUUUUGAAGUCGUUUGGGAGAAAAUUGGCUCAAAGAUGAAUUUGAAUUUUUAAGAGACAAGCAAAAUUUUUAGCACGGGUUUUUUGUCGAUAUUGUACUGGUUUUUUUUUGAAAAUUUUUGAAUAUUUAUUUUUUGUUUUUUUUUUUUUUUUUUUUUUUUUUUUUGAGAUUUUUUGGAGGUAAAAUUUUAUGUUGUUCCCGAGCUGCAGAGUGCCAUAUUUCCAAGAAAAAUUAGAUUUUUUUCCCCGUAAAAUCAAACAUCAAAAAAAAAUUUUCUCUGACCGUCUCCUAAUUUUUCAUUGUCUCUCGCCUUCAAAAAAUUGCUGAAUAUCUCAGCUGCCCUUCUACAGAUCGAGCUGAAAUUUUCAAGAAUUAUUUUAUGGUCUAGACAGGUUAUUCAUGCAAAAUGAAUAACCUGUCUAGCCAAAUCUGACCUUCAAAUUUUGAGAAAUUUGAAUUUUUUCUCAAAAAAAUUUUUAUUUAAACUUUUUUUUUAUUUUUUUUUUCAAAAUGGAUUAAAAAUCCCGAUUUUCCAGCUGGUGCACCGAACAAUUUUUGGACUUCCUCCUCAAGGACUUCCGGUUUUUCUGCGCGAACAAUGACGAAAGGUUGACAAAUUUUUUACAAACCAGAUUCAUCGAAAAGAAAAGGAUGGACGAACUGGCCGGAAUUGACUUGGACACGAUCAAACCCACCCCGCCAGCACUAAUUCUUCCCCAUUCACCGCAACCACAACAACCCACGAUAUUACAUCAUCCAAAUCUACAUCUACAUAUGUGA